UCCAGCACGUCUGGUAGUGGGCAGGACAAGGAAACAUCUCUGCUCCAGAAAUUAUUUCAUGGCUGCUUAGAAGUUGAGACUGAAUGUGGGAGCUGUGGUACAUUAUCAGAUACAUCUGUAAUCUACCAGACCAUUUCUGUACCAACUGAGGGGGUCGAUACGCUUGCAGAAGCUCUGGAAAUGUACCUGAAUAAACCCCUGAAAUUCGACAUUGAUGCCGCCCACAGAUGUCAAAAAUGCAGGAAAAUCCAACCCGGGAUCAAUAAUGUUACACUUGGCCAAAACCCAAAGGUGCUGGUUUUUAAGCUGUUCUCAGAUGAUUGUGAACCAAACAAGCAUGUGGAGUAUCCGGAGAAGCUGGACAUCAGACCAUUCAUGUGUCAGUGCAGUGGGAGGAGAGAUAUCUACGAGCUUUAUGGCAUCGUGGCUUGUUCUGCUCCUAACUCACAGCACCCACAGCACUGUUACAGCUACAUCAAGGCCGGUGAUGGACAGUGGUACGAGCUGAACGAUACAUCAGUGACGGCCAGUGAUAAAAGUUCAGCACUGAGCCAACUGGUCUACAUGCUGUUCUACAUCAGCUAAAAGAAUAAAGCUGGUUAGGUCAAUCAGCAAGCAAAACAAAGCGCAAGAUGCUGGGUGUGGCUGAUGAUAGAAUGAAGCUGGGCUGAACCGACAGGAGCCGAGUGACCAUCAGCUCUAGUGAGCUCAUGAACAACUAAGCUGGAGGGAUGAAAAGGCCGAGGUCAACGAGUCUUCCAGCCAGACGAGCUUAACUUGAGCUUACCUCAAUUCAUCAUCAAGGUUAUAAAGAAAGAGUUUCCAGUGUAGUAAGUGAUUUGUGUAACGUGUGUUGUUUUUAACCACCUAAGGUAAGAACUAACCUGCCCAGUGGGAAUCCUUCCAUUAAUUUUAAAGAGGUUCCUUAACAGUAAAAUUGAACUUCUAUUCAGUUCAUAUUUAAAUCUUAUCUUGUUAUUUAUGCCUAGACUCACAAAAGAUCUACCGGAUAGAAUAAAGUCAUCUACAGCGGUAACUGAAGCAGGAUCUCGUUUUGUUGUUGAAGAGAUGUGUGCGAUAAAUUUCUGUUUCAUUGCAGACAGGUUCUUCAGGAGGACGAGGUGAACACGCCGAUAGUGAACGUACAGCGUUUAAAUAAAACCUGCGGCGUCUUUCUACAUGGUGUGUACGGCGUUAGGUGACAUCGCAGGCAGCCAGGCUGAGAUCCCGACAAGAACUCUGGAGAACAUCCUGCUAUUUUAAUACACAUGUACAUUAAUGUGACUGUUAUUUUUUACUGCAAUACAUUCAUAAUAUAAUGUAGUUUUAUGUACUAAAUUCUAAAUAAAGAUGUAUAUGAAAUAUA